AUGUUCCCCGUGUUUCGACGCAACGUUGUGUGCCAGGACUGGUCUGGCAUUGUGGCCUUCAUGCCGGGCCUCAUUCCCGAUUCCACAAGCACCGCCUCAAUCGUUCUCGCUCCAGGCCACAGGAUUCCUCAGCUUGCGGAGCUGUUGCAGGCUUUCGUGGACGGCUUGGGACUGUUUGAAGUUCAAGUGGCAUGCCUCCCAGCGAUCACGAAUGAACUUUCACCCAGAAUUGUAAUCGGGACUCCGGAUAGGAUGCACGAAGCACUGUGCGGGGGCAGCACGACUUGGAAGCCACACAGAGCGGUCCUGGUGGAGACGGAUGUGAUUCUUUCGACACACAAAGUACAUGUGGAGGCAAUAUGCUCCAACCUUUGGAGCCACGACGUGAUCUUGGGGAUCCACUCGCUAGACCCAUCUCCCGACGUAGAAGACAUUGUAACAAGGUUUUGCAAGGGCGAGACUACAAGGAUUCCCAGGCCAGGCAUCACCUUAAGCUCAGUCAAGCACUUCUAUGCAGCUGUCAAGAGCGCUAGUGACAAGCUCGCCAAGCUCGGGGAAGUGUGGAAGUUGUUUCGGACCAGGAGCGACACAGUGACAGUCUACUGCAACUCGGUAUCGCAGGUGGAACUGGUUGCUUCUGGGAUGGAAAGUGCGGGUUUUGAAGUGGCUGCAACGCACACUGGCAUGCCAAAGCACUGCAUUGAAGAGACGAAUUGGGCUUUUUGUCAGCGUGGUUUGCUUCUAAUCACCAACAUAAUCUACAGCGGCGGGAGGCAGCAUGUGAUCAACUUUGACAUGCCCGAGUCUGCGGAUGAGUACUUAGCGAGAGCAGGCGUACACAGGAGACUUUGGACGAGAAAGGUGGUGAGCAUCUGCCCUGAGCUUGAAGUUUGUUUGCUGCACGAGUUCGAGAGGAGCCUUGGUUUCGAGGCUGAUCUCCUGGUUGCAAGAGACCAUCGUCUGAAUGGAAAGAAGCCGCCACGGCUAGAGAUAGGCAAGAAAAAGAAUAAUGUGUAA